ACACACAAACACACACAAACGCGCGUGCACUGCUGAACCAAAAAAAGCACACUCCUCAACUCCACCGCUGCUGGGGGGAGGGAGGGACACAGAUACCAGAUGAGAUUUGUUUCCAAACGCGCACCGAUGGCGGUGUAAGGCGUUUGGUUGAGAAGUGCGCACGGUGUUGUGGAUUUGUGAAAGCCCCCCUUUUUCGUGCAUCUUCUUCCUGCCUGGAUCCUGGUGACGGGGGAAUUAAAACAAAGAUAUGGAUUACUCAGUCUGCCUACUUCUACUCCUGUCAACCGUUUCGUCUGUGUCGACCGGACAAUUCCCAACAGCACAGAUGAUAAAGGAAUGGGUGGACCAAAUGCAAAAAGAGUUAAUCACAUUAACAGACACAGCAAGUGGUAUGGAGAACCUAAUACAGAUAUAUCGUAAACACAGACCUCACUUCAGCGUGGAAUCCAACAAUGCAAGGGAACUGGUGGCGACGGCUGCUGGGAAUAUAGAGAAACUGCUGGCUAAUCGCUCCCAAGCCCUAAAGAGGCUGGCAACAGAGGCAGAAAAGUUUCAAAUGGACCACGCGUGGAGGGAUGACAGUGAGAUCGACAAAAUUGUUUACUACAACGCCAAAGAUGACCUUAAUCAGACAGAUGAAGGAAAGAGUCGGAGGAACAGAUAUCUUCCAGAUGAUUUUGAGAUUGACCCCGACUUCAAACGGCUUGUCUCGUACAACACCACUGCUGUCCACAUCCCUACGGACAUAUACGAAGGCUCCACCAUCAUUCUGAAUGAGCUAAAUUGGACGGAGGCCUUGGAGGAUGUUUUCCGGAAAAACAAAGAGGAAGAUCCCUCACUCCUCUGGCAGGUGUUUGGCUCUGCCACCGGAUUGGCACGGUACUACCCAGCUUCCCCUUGGAUCGACUCAAGCAAUUCAGCCAAUAAGAUCGACCUCUACGAUGUGCGCAGGCGACCAUGGUACAUUCAGGGGGCGGCGUCACCCAAGGACAUGCUGAUCCUGGUGGAUGCGAGUGGAAGCGUUUCCGGUCUCACCCUCAAACUCAUCCGAACGUCUGUCAGCAAGAUGUUGGAGACUCUCUCUGACGACGACUACGUGAACGUGGUCUAUUUCAAUGACAAGGCCACGUAUGCUGCAUGCUUCGAGAACCUGGUGCAGGCCAACGUGCGCAACAAGAGGAUGCUGAAAGAUGCUGUGCAGAGCAUUACAGCCAAGGGUACCACCAACUACAGAGGCGGCUUCGAGCUGGCCUUCGAGCAGCUUGCACAGAUGAAUGUGUCAAGAGCCAACUGUAACAAAAUUAUCAUGCUGUUCACUGAUGGAGGAGAAGAGAGGGCAGAAGAGAUCUUUGAGAAAUACAACCCGAAGCAAGCGGUGCGCAUCUUUACAUUUUCAGUCGGUCAACACAACUACGACAAAGGACCAAUACAGUGGAUGGCCUGUGCUAAUAAAGGGUACUACUACGAGAUCCCAUCUAUAGGUGCCAUCAGGCUCAACACACAGGAGUACCUGGAUGUUUUGGGCAGGCCUAUGGUGAAGGCUGACAAAAGGGCCAAGCAGGUUCAGUGGACCAACGUCUACCUGGACGCACUGGAGCUUGGCCUGGUGAUCACUGGCACCCUGCCCGUCUUCAACAAGACCAACACAGGCUCAAAGAAAUCUCAAAACCAGCUCAUCUUGGGGGUUAUGGCAAUUGAUGUCUCCCUGGAAGAUAUCAAGAGACUGACACCUCGCUUUACUUUUGGACCAAAUGGCUACUACUUUGCCAUUGACCCCAAUGGAUAUGUGCUGCUCCACCCUAAUCUCCAACCACUGACUGCCAAGUUCCAUGAACCUGUAACGCUGGACUUCCUCGAUGCUGAACUGGAGAAUGAGAUCAAAGUGGAGAUGAGAAAAAAAAUGAUUGACGGUCUAACAGGGAAUUACACAAUAUCCACAUUGGUGAAAUCCCAAGAUGAGCGCUACAUUGACUUAGGUCAGAGGAUGUACACCUUUGCACCAGUGAAGGGGACAGAUUACAGUCUGGCCCUGGUCCUUCCUGACUACAGUAUGCAUUACAUAAAGGCCAAUAUCGCGGACACGAUCACCCAGGCAAAAUCGUUUUUGGGGAAAGAUGUUUCUGAAAGCCUGAUGGCGGACAAGUUUGAUGAAUAUGGCUAUACAUUUAUUGCACCAAGGAUGUACUGCAAGGACUUAAAGCCGCCUGACAAGAACAAAAACAACACAGAGUUCCUCAUUGAAUUCAACAACUACAUUGACACAAAAACUCCAAACAACCCCAUGUGUAAUGUGGAGCUGGUGAACCGUUUGCUCCUGGACGCUGGCAUCACCUCGUCUCUGAUCAAGCAUUGGAAAGCAACAGAAAUGCAGCAUGGUGUCUUGGCCAGAUUUGUUGCCACCGAUGGAGGGAUCACACGGGUCUACCCCAAAAGUGCUGGGCUGGCCUGGGAAGAAGAAGCAGAGACGUACGAGUCAAGUUUUUAUAAAAGAAGUUUGGACAAUGAUCUGUACAUCUUCACUCCGACACCCUACAGCAAUAAAGAGAACGUAAGUGACGACUCGGUCCUGGUGAGCAGAGCAGUAAACCUAAACAUUGAUGGUAUCAUACUCAAACCAGCUGUGGUCGGUGUAAAGUUGGACAUUAGUUCCUGGAUGGCGAGCUUCAUCAACACAACAAUGAAGAUCAAUUGCAAUGAUGAGAUAUGUGGCUGUCAGCGAAAUGAUCCGUACGUGGACUGUGUUAUACUGGAUGACGGGGGCUUCCUGGUGAUGUCCAAUCGAGAUGAACAUAUUGAUCAGAUCGGGCGUUUCUUUGGCGUUAUCGACCCGAUCCUUAUGGUAAACCUGGUCAACUCGUCCCUGUUCACCUUUAAGAAGACCUUCGACUACCAGUCACUCUGUGACCCCGUGAAGGAGAGCGAGGCGGCUGCAGGCCUGCGAUCCGUCUACGUGCCCACAAUUGCAGAUAUUUUGAAUUUAGGAUGGUGGGUGACAGCUGCAGCCUGGUCAAUACUACAACAGUUACUGGUCAGCAUCACAUUCCCCAAUUUCCUGGAUGCAGCUGAGAUGGAUGAAGAAAUGUCUGAUGCCAUGUUCAAAGAGGUCUGCAUCACAGAGCAAACUCAAUACUACUUUGAGACCAACAAUCUGUCUUACAAAGGCACAAUCGACUGUGAAAACUGCACCAGGCUCUACCACGCUGAAAAACUGCCCAAGACGAACCUGGUCUUUAUCAUCUCUGAUGCAAAACUCACCUGCUCGUCCUGUGACACCAAGCCGUUAAUACAGGACGAACAGCAGUCUAAUGGUCCUGAUCCUUGCGAACUGGCCCAGAAUCCUCGGUACAGGAAAGGGCCCGCGGUCUGUUUUGAUAACAAUGAACACGAGGAGGACCCUGACUGUGGCGGGGCGUCCAGCCUGAGCCCCUCACUUUGGCUGAUGGCGGCCCUUCAGCUGGUUCUGCUCUGGGUUUUGACUGGCUCCAGACCCCAUGCCAUCACAUCAUGACCUCUGAACGUCCUGAUCACACCCUCCCAAUCUCUCGCUCUCUCUCUCUCUCUCUCUCUCUGUCUGUCUCUUUCUCUCCCUCUCUCUCUCUCUCUCCCUCCCUCCCUCCCUCCCUCUGUUAUCUCCAAAAUGGCAACCAGCAUGCAACGCUGCCACCGAAACAAUGAACACCCCGAUGAGAAGCGCUUGUAACAAAGAAACACAAAAACCUGUGAACCCCCCACAUCCUGCCAGUUCCUCCUUUUAAAACCUUCAUUUUCGGGGGUUUCUCAAAGUGAUUUCACUCGCUGCAGGGGUACAAGUGACGAAAGAAACGAAAUCGGUUUGAAAGAUAAGAAAGAACUUGCCUUUCCUUCAUCUCUUCAGUGCUCCCCGCCAGAUGAGAUUAUCGGAAUCCAGAGAUGAAUUUUGAUUGGCGACUUCUGAACUUUCUCUGGCUUGAUGUCAUUGAUGAAAGAGAUCAGACUGCCUUAUAGUAUUCGAGGGAUUUAAAUCACCAUGGGGGAGGUUCGGGGAGACUUGCUGUUAUUUAAAGAAAUUGAGCAGUUUUAUUCACCACUGCCAGAGACAGCGCUGCCUUUUGCAAGCGUUCAGUUUAUUUUCAAUCAAUUUGCAGUGGCUAGUUUGUAGGUAUUUAUUGCUUUGUGGUUGAGAAUUUGGCUAAGAUUGCAGUAAGAGAUGCCAAAUUGUUUCGCCACGAACUCGUGCCCUUCGUUUGCCUCCAUUGGGUCGCUGAUAAUAAUGUUGUCUCAGUCUGAUUUUCUAGAUAACACUAACAUUUUCACAGUGUCUCUGAGGGUUUGAUCGUCUUUACUUUGACCCCAGUGUUCUCUCAUGUACAGUAGAUACUGUAUUUGCAGUGUGGAAAUCAUUGUUCAUCGUUACGUUUAUGCACAGACACCAACCCUUCAACUGCCACAGAGGGCCUGCUGCUGAGUGUAUGGAUUUUAAAUUUGUAGCUGAUCGAGAGUAGUAAAUUAUCUUCCCGCCUUGAAUUGCUCCAGUGAAAACUUUGCUGCCAUAGUGCGUAUUAACCAAUCAGGGUGAGCCUGACUGGUGUCCUAUGUAUGCUCAGUUGACAGAAUCUCUAGUGCCAUGUGGACUGCGUUACUCGGAUGAAUGCUUCAGCUUUGCGGACUGUGGCUACUGAAUGGGAAGAGUAUUUAUUUGUUUUACCAUUUAUUUGACUGAAGUGUCAGGGCAGCAUGUUAUCCGUUUCUUUUAUUGCCACUACUAAAGGAAAUGAACAAGGGUGAUAUGAGGAUUUUUAUCUGGCAUUCUGGUAAAAAAAAAAGAAGGGAAACGGUACAUUUGUAUUUGCUGCUGUCACUUUUUAAAUUAAAUGACUACUAUCUGCACUGCAGUUCAAAGUGCAGCUGUUAUUUGUCUUCACAGUUUGAUCCUGACUGAACCUCUAUCACUGUGUAGUUGUGAGGUUCCCUCUUGCAGUUUGUUAUACUGUGGUAUGGUAUCACCCCGCAGAAAUCACUGCAGUCAGUCAGUGCUUGUGAUCCUCUCUACUGCUGUAUUUCAUUUUCUCCAAUAUAAGUUCAUCUUGUUUCAUUUUGUGUGCCUUCUUUUCCAUUAGUUACAAAUAUAAAAUAUAACUAACUACAGCAUGAUGAUUUACAGGUGGUAGAUGGUUUUAUUGAAAUAAUGUCAUCUUGUUUGAUUGCAGGGCAGAAAAAGUCAGAUUUAUGAAAAAAUGCACCAAUCGGCCAAAAUAAUAAAUAAAAAAUGUCACAGGACCAAAUCUGGACUGUUAAAGCAAAAAAAAUCUCAAUGCACUACUAAUUAUGUUAGUGAGGAUAAGAGCUGAAAAGUCAUCCUUAAGAUGUGCUAUGUAGAACAAAAUGAGAACAAAAUAACUUUCUUAUUCUGUUAGGAAAUAGCAAAUUGGGUGGGAUGUUAUCGUUGUAAACAACAACCUUUAAGUUAUUUAGAUAUAAAUGUCAUUUUUACUGAAACCAGCUGCACCCAAACAAGUUUUGUUUGGCAGUGCUGUCAGUGACUAUGUUUAUAUACACAAAAUAUUCUGGUUUUUGCCCUUAUUCUGAAAAAGGCAAUGGUUUGCCUCUCAGUUGUUUUGUGGCUAAUGAAACCAUUUAUAUACAGUCAUGCAUACUCAUAUUAAUGUGCCCCAAUAUGUUAGGUUUUUUUUCGGUGUGACAAUCACAUAACACAUUUUUACAAGCAGAAAUCAUGACCCGUAUUUACGUUAUUUGUUAGGCAGCAACCUCUAGUGGCCAGUGUGUUUAUUACAGGAGCAAAAGACAAAGUAAGGUGACAUAGUAUAAAAACCAAGAGAGUCCACUUAGGGAUGGAGCAAUAGGUAGUGGAUGGGUCAAACAAGCACAGGACUUUCAUCCAGGACACUAGUGUUCACAUCCUGUGUAAAACCAAAAGCAAAUGCAAUUAUGUUUAUUUUCGCAACAAAUGUAUGUCGACAUUUGUCACGCAAUAAUUGUUAGUGACAGGUUAUCUUCAGAACAAUUGUUUUUUUUUAAGCCAAACCCUUUUGUCUUUUAAAAUCUAACCAAGGAGUUUUGUUGCCUACACUAAACCAUGUAGUCUGGUGCCAUGAUGAACACCAUCAUGUGAUCUAUUCUGUUAAUAAGAAACACACCUGUAGGUCAUAUUCUUUUAAUUUAUGCAGUUAAUUGAAGGACUGCUGUUAAAAAGUCAAAAUAAUUACAAGUAAUAUGGCUGGGGCUGCUUGUGCAAUUUUGCUCAUUUGCAAGUCUUUAUUGCGAUAUUUGCGCGAAUCCAAAAAUCUGUUGAUAUCCAAGGCUUUCUGUCCAGGUUUUUCUUCCUACUUUUGACCAGAAAUCUGUGGCUUUUCUUUUUGACAUACCUUUCUACCCCAGACUUGCAAACUGUUUGCGAGUUGUUUUGUUUACAAUGCAUCCAUGCACAGAGCUGGCUGUGAACAGACCAGAGGCCAUGUGCCACAAACUGUCAUAAAAACUCCAACUGAAGACAUAUAAUCCUAAUACAAAGAAUGCUCUAAAAACUUAAAUAAUGUCAGCAUAUCUUAAUUGGAAAAUGCUACAUUCAGAAAAUAGGCUUAAUUUAAAAUAUCCAAACAGAAUAUGCUGUUUACACGAUCUGUAUGAAAUUCUGAAUAUUGUCACAUUCAGAAUAACAGUAGGAUAUUAGGGUGCAUGUAAACAUGGUCAUUGAGUAGCCCCACAUUUAUUUUAAUAUUUAAGUGUCUGAUGGUUACAGGUAUGAUUUGACAAUCACAGAUUAUAACUAAUCGUUAUGUUAAGUGAUAUCAGAUUCUUAAAGGGAUACACUCCAAGGUUUUACUGCCUAUUAGCAUCACUAAAUGAGCAGAGGACUUAAUUUGGGGAUUUCAGGUGGUUGCUAAUUACACCACAUAAACAAAACCAGAGAGUGCAUCUUUUAUAAGUGUGUAAAGUAUAAAUAAUGGUGCAUGUUUGCAGGAAACUAUUUAAUACUGUGGGGAACUAAAAACCACAAGUUAAACUUUGUGCACCACAUUACCACUAACAUUUUUCUCUCAGCCUCUUCAGAAUUGUUUUAAUUGCUGUUGCAUCACUCUGCAUAAUGUCAGACUUUAUAUUGUAAGCAUUCCUCCAAGUGCAGGAGUGCUAAGUCUUAUUUUCUGGCAAAGCUCUUAUGCCCCUAUUAUCAAACAACCACCGUUAUCGUCAAGAACUUUCCAAGUGGUUUGUGGUGCACUUUUUACUCUAAAUGUUUUCCUCUAUCUUACGCUAUAACCUUCCAACAAAAACAAUGUGGUGAAACUAACAAUGGUAUUUAUGCUCCUCAUUUACUAACACCCAAGAAUAUCAGGUGCCAUAUGGGACUCUCUUAUUCUCUUUUGGAGAAACCUACUAUCAUAAUACAAUAUUUAUGCAAUUUAUCAAGGCAACAUGUUAGUCUCAUAAAUUGUUUCCCUGUGCUGCAUGAUAGUGGCUUACAAUUUGAGUUUAAAAAAAACAAAACAUAUUCGGUGUGCUCCUGCUUUAGUGUGUAAUGCUGGGAAGCAUUUGUUCAUGAUAUGAUAUGGUAUGAUCAGCUAUUACUGCCUUUCUCUUGGGGGGACAGCAUUUGGCUCUGCCCUGGUCUGAGUCAGUGGGGGAGCAAGAAUCUGAUAGGCCAGCGUGAUGUUUGCAAGCACUACUCAAUCUGUCUGAUUGGUUCAAACCAUGCAUCAAUCACUAUUAUUGAAGGACCAUACCAGAGAUUUAGCGACUUUUAGACCAAUAACUACAAAUCAUGGAUAGUUAUUACAGCUGAGUGUUUCGCAAACCAUGUUGUAGUAUUUCAGAUUUUCAACCAUGCUAGUGUUUGUGUGCAGUUAUAGUGACCUCUGCAAAAUGACUCAUUUUACUAUCUAAAUUUGAUCCUCGCAGUCUGAUGAUAUAGAUAAGGUCUGCAAAAGCCCCACGAUUAAAUAAUUUUGUCCCUAUUCAAGUUAGCAGAGUGCUAAACUGUAAGGUAGCAGUCAGGCUAAAGUCUCUAGUGCGCUUGGUCUGUGAGCCCAACAAUGCAGAAGAUGUGGUUAAUGUUAUACCCUGAAAGUCAAACAUUUUGACUCCAUGCACCAUGGAACAACUUUCAUAGGAAUAAACUGGGCACUGCCUAUACACUGUAUCCAAUUCUCUUUAUACAUCCAUGGGCUCCGGUCAGUUGGCCCACACUGAAUUCUACAACUACUGGAUGGUUAAUUUUGUAAAAGUUACGAGUCCUUAAUGUAUUGGUUCCCUUAAUGUUUGCAUUUGUUGUGUUGAGUGAUGUCUCAACAGCUAGUGGAUUCAUUGCCAAAAAUGUACAUGAAUUCAAUUGCAUUCCCACCAUCCUCAGCUGCACUUUGUUUAAUGCUAAAAUGCUAAAAUAGUCCUAAAUUUUACCCGGCUAACAUGCUAAACGAAGAUGGAGAACGUUGUAAACGUUCUCCAACGACAACAGUGCUGACAGAGCUAACGAUGUUAACCUAGAGGGGUAUGGGAGGGUGGGCGUCAUCCUUGUGUGAUACCAUAGCAGCGAUAGCCACCAUAUAAUGCGGAGUGGUGGCGGGGAGUUAGCGAGUGGGAUAAACACACAGGGACUUAUGUGCACUAACCAAAAAAAAACCAGACAAGCUCAGAUUACAACACAUACAGAGAUAGCAUGUAUUGAUUCUCUGCACAGGACGUCAUUACUCAAGUAUGUCUUUACAUAGCAAAGAGUAGUUUGCUGCCAUUUUAAUGUCUGACUGUUGUUUAGAGCUCAUUGUAAAUUAGUAUGUUGGCAUUGUCAUGGAGCAUUUAGCUUGAAGCACCACUGUGCCUAAGUACAGCUUCACACAGCUGCCAGCAUGACUGUAUGAAGUGUUUAAAAAGUGAUUUUCCUACUUUUCUGGCAGACAUUUUUUUCCAUUUAUUUGCAGACAAUAUGAAAAUCAAAUUCCAGACUCUAAAAGCUUUUCACACAAGUUCCAAGAGUCUGCUAAUUGAUUUUUAGCUGUGCAGAAAUUAAUGGAAAACAAUAGCUGCCUGAAAAGUAAGAAAAUGCCUUCAAAAAUGGGGAAAAGUGGAAAUGUUCAGCAGCAAUAGGCUAUAAAAUAUACAUGACUUGUAGUUAUUGUAUUGUAGCUGCACUUGAAAAACCCCUGGUAUGGUCCUUUGAAUCAGUUUGGGCAGAGAUGUACAUUGUACGGACAUGAAAUGAGUGAAAAUACACACCACCUUAAAGACUCCAACUGGAUGCUUUUACAGAUGCACUACAUUGGAGAAUUAACAUGCAUAUUUGUCCAGAUGUUCCAUUCAACUCUUAAGUGCUAAAAAUCAGAUGCUGUCACUUCAGGAAUAAUAUACUCUCGAUGUGAUAUGAAGUGUUUUUGACUCUGUUGGUGCUCUCUGUAUGGAUCGUGUGGGUUGGCCUUUUUAUUUCUGGAAUCUUGAGGAUUGCUUAAUGUGUGUUUUUUUUGUCUGUUACCUUGCUGCCACACUUUGGCAGAUGAAUGGCGGGCCUGUCAGUCAAUCUUUCUCUGCCUUUGGUUUCAAGGCAGGCUCUUGAUCGAGGCGUCCACCAAGCUGACCCUCACCAGACAUUUGGAGGGCCUUGGUGGGUCUCUCUGUCAGGCUCCCUUGAUUGUGCUUUAACAUGUUAGAGGAACUUGAUUCUCCAGAAUCAGUCAUGUAAAAAUUUGUACAAAACUGAUGUUGUUCUCAACAAAAAGAAAAAAGGAACAAUGUUUAUAAUCUGGGGAGGAAAAACGUGUUUAUUCAUGUGGAAAUAAGGUAUAUUCAGAAUAAAAAUCUAUGAUUACUA